AUGAGCCCUUCUUCCUUUCUAACCAUAUAUGAAAAGAGAGUCGAAUUUCCUAUCUACGGCGUUGAUUUUACAGCGGACGGUAUACUGGUCUUGAUUGGAGGAGGAGGAGCAAACCAUCCAGGCGUUAACAAUCAUUUGACUUGCUUAGAAGUCUCUGAGGACGAAAAAGAGUUAAGAGAAAUCCGUACCAUAAACUGGUCCGAGACCGAAGACUGUCCCAUGUCGCUGUCCAGUCAUCCUAAUGUAUCAGUAACAGCAGUAGGCAUGAACAGCAAUGAGAACGAUAUCAAAGAAGCAAAUAAUCUUAGCUGUAGACUGUUUGAUAUAACGAAGGAUGGAGACAUCAACCUGAAAAUCAAAAUAAAAGCAAGUAACUGUACGUCCUCUGAUAUAUAUCAGAAAGUAACUGUGUUCAGCCAAACAUCAGGGAAAUAUUUGGCUACUGGUUUUAGUGAUGGUAGACUGACAGUAAUGAAAGAGAAUGAUUUCGGAUGGCACCUAUGCUUUCCCUCUGUGAAAUUUAAUCAAUCUAUUCAAGAUAUUGAUUUCGACGCAAAUGAAGAAUAUAUGGUUAUUACUACAACUACUGCUCUGAUCAUAUUAUGUGUUCACGAUGGAAGUGGGGAUAUUGUGCAAGUCAUUGACAGCCCCAAGUUGAACAAGAAUAUAAAAUGUGAAUUUAUAGCGAGUCGUUAUGGUAUCAAAAAUGGACAACAAGUAUUGUAUGCAGCUGUUAAUCCAAUACAGAGAAAUAAUAAAAGCGCCUACAUCACAGCUUGGACACUACGCUCGUCCUCAUCACUUGCAUACCCUUUGAAUUCAAAAACGGCAAAAACAGUUGGUAUAGGUCGAAAGAAGAUUACCCAUUUACGUGUUAGGUUAGUCGAAUUUGAUUUUAUUUGGGCAUGCUCUUUGUGUAUUAAAAAGUGUACUUUUACUCGCAGUCCAAAGGGUAAUAUACUAGCUUAUGCAUCUUCCGAUCAUAGUAUUGGUUUUGUUGAUGCAGCGACAUUAAAGGAGCAUAGUUCCACUAUUACAGCUUUUAAUUUUAGUAAAAACGGUAAGUACUUGGCAAGUGCCAGUGCUGAUAGAGCUUGUAAAGUGUUGGUUCUACCAGAUAAUUUCAAGCAGUUGAAACCAGUUGCUGACGAUAUGUUGAUUACUUCUAUCAUUGCAGUCGUAAAUAUGAUUCUAUUCGCGCUUUUAGUGCAUAUAGUUGUUGAAAUGACCGAUCAAGGCACAUUGUUUGGGACUGCUUAA